ACGGCAACCCAAGAAGAAUUUUCGUCGUAAAGUGAUUUUUGUGUGAAAUGGAAAAAAAGCGAUAUAAGAAUUUAAUUUUUUUUUUUUGGUGAAAAAAUAAUAUAAAAUUCUAAAAAAGUUUUUAAAAACGAAAUUUAUAAAAGUUCUAUUCAAUUAUAACACUUUUUUCUUUUUGCAUAAAUUCAAAAACUAUACAAUAUAUAAUAAAUAGAUGUAUGUAUGUACAUAUGAUAUUCAGUCAGAGAAAAUUGAAAAGUUUUUUUUUUAAUGAAAGAAGAAAAAAAAAUAAAAAAAGUCUAAUUUCGCUCUAUCAUUCUUUUUUGGUUUAAAAAAAAUUUUAAUUGUUCAUACUUUUGCAAAUUAUAAAAAAUAAAAUUAAUUUUCUUUUUUUCUUUAAAUCAAAAAAAAUCUCGUGCCGUAUGUCAGAAAAUUGAAAAAAAAAAAAAUUGUAUUGAAAAAGUAAAAAAAAAAAUAGUGGUAGUGAGUGAAGAAAAAAAAAUAAUACGUAUAAUAAAAAGAAGGAAUGAUUAAAUAGAGCAAAUGUGAUACUAGUGGAGUGGGGGUGGUGAAUAAAAAGAAAAUUUUUUAUAUAAAAAAUUUUCUUUUAAUUUUUUUUUUCUUUACUAUAUAUCUAUUCCAUUUAUAAUUUUUCAACUCGUGAAUAUGGCGAAAAAAUUUUCAUUUAAUUUUCAAAGUGUCAUCUAACAAACAAAAUACGGUGUGAAAAAUGACAAAACAAUUUUGAUUAUUUUGCAAUUUUGUCCAUAAUGUUUUGACAUUUUUUUUUCAAUAAUAAAAAAAAAAAAGUAAUAAAAUAAAAUAUCCUAUGUGGUGGACAAAAUAAUCAAAAAAUUAAAAUAUUUAAAAACGAAAAAUAAUAAAGAAAAAAAUACUCUUUGCUGGAAGAAAAAAAAAAAACAAAAAAUCAAAAAGAAAAAAAAUAUUUUUAGAAGUGAACAGAACGGAAAGAAAAAAAAAUUAUGGAGAUGUUUUUGUGUGUGUGUAAAAAAUCCUUUUAAGGGGAAAUUAAUUUAUUAAUAUAAUUAUAUCUGAAGUUUUUUAAAAUAUACUCUUCAAUAAAAAAAAAGUAUCAAAAUAAAAAAUGUUCAAACAUAACAAGUUCAGUUCCUAACAUAUUUGUUUUUUAGUUUUAAAAAAAAUUUUUUUUUUGUUAUAUUAAUAUUAAAAUAAAUACAAAUAAAUCAUUUUUAAAUUUUUUCGGAAAAAAUUAAAAAAAAAAAACGGAGAAAAUUAAUUUUUUACAAUAAGAAAUUUUAAAUAGAUAGAAGAGAGGUGAGAGAAGGCAAGUGAAUAUCAUUAAAAGCAAAAAAUAAAAUAAAAAAGCGAAUUGAUUAGGUGCGCAUUUUAUAUGGUAUAACAAUUUGUAUAACAAUGUUAGUGAAAAUUUUGACAUAAGAACUUUUUUUUUUAUUUGCUUUUCAACUUUUUUGCUUUUCAAUGUUUAAUUUAUUGGUAGGUUACCCUACCUUGUACCGAUAUACAAUUUUCUUAUAAAAGUAGUUUAAAUAAAGAAAAUAUUUUUGAAAUUUAAAAGAUGAAAAUGGACAUUGAAAUAUAAAAUUUAAUAAUAACAUCAGUUCAAAUAUAAAAAAAUACACAAUUUUCCAAAAUUCAAUGAAUUUAAUUAUUAAAAAAUCGAAUUAAUAAUUUUAAUAAAAAUUCAAAAUUUAAAAAAGAAGAACUGUAAAGAAGAAAACCUAACCUAACUUUUUGUCUCAUACAUAUUUUUUUUUUAGUUUUUUGUUUUGUAUUAUUUAUUUUGAUUUUAUCAUUUGUUUUUUAAUUAAUACUACAUAAUAUUAUCUUUAUUAAUAAAAUAUAUAAAUCAAUGUUACCUUAGCAAAGAAGAAAAUAAAAUUUUGUGCUUUAAGUAAUAGAAUAGUUUAUAAUAUUCAUACAUAUAUAUAUAUAUAUAAUAUUUGCAAUACGCAUACAUGCAUACAAAUUAUAACAUAUAUGUAUGCUUAUAUACCUGUUAUAAUCUAAAUUAUCAUUCAUAUAAAUAUAUAAUAUCUAUAUGCCUAUAAAUACUUGUAUAUCACAAUAUAUGUACAUAUAUAUAACAUAUGUAUAUAUAAAAUUAAACACAAAUGUGAAUAAAAGGCAAUAGUAUUAAAAAAAAAAGACAAAAAAAAAAGAAAUAAAAAAAAGAUUAUAACGCAAAAAAAGAAAGAAUUAAAAACAAAAAAAUUAGCUACUUUAUAAAACAAAAAUAAAAUAAAAUAAAAAUUUUCACCUCCCAAGGAAUUAGAAACGAAAAAGAUGAGCUCAACUGAUGAAAAUAAUACAAAUGCUAAAAUUACUAAAGGUGGUUGUAUUAAUAUCAGCUAUAAUAGUAAUAAUAGCAAUAACAGUACAACAAUAUUAACAUCAUCAUCAUCAUCAUCAUCAUCAUCGUCAUCAACAACUACAACAAUAACAACAACAAUAUCAUCAUCAUUAUCAUCAUCAGUCGCCGCGACAUCAAAUAUUAUUAAUAGUACUACACCAUUAUUAUCCGCCCCUUCUGGUAACAUAAAAGAUUAUAUGUCAAAUGCACCAGCAGCUGAAUUAUUAAAUACGACGACAACAACGUCGACAGCAACAACAACAACAACGACCAUAAAUUCAAUAAAUAAUAAUAGUAAUAAUAAUAAUAAUAAUAGUAAUAUAGAUAAUAAUGAGGAUACAAAAGGUGAAUCUUCGAAAUUGGAAAACUUAGAUGAUUCAAGCUUAAAAAAGUUAUUAGAAGAAGCCUACUCCUAUAAGAAUCCCGCCGAUAAAAAAACUAAAAGUGCAAUUUUUUUGCAAUUAUUGCAAAACGCAGAAAAAGAAGAAGAUAAUUUUGAUCGUCGUAUACGAAGUGAUCGUACAAGUAGUAGUUCACUUCAAGAUCUAUUCGAAGCAUCUCGAAUAGAUUAUGAUCUAAAUAGUAAUAACAAAAAUCGCCGUCAUCAUAAUUCACGUCAUAAAAAAAAUAGUUCAGUAUCAUCCAGACAACGGGAAGGUGGAAGUUUACCUAGUAAUGUGAAUGUAUCAAAUUGUAAUUUAAGUGUAUAUGAUCGACCAUUUUUAAAUGAAGUUGUAAUUGAAAGACGUGGUAAAAAUGAACGUACAUGCUCCGGUACAAGUGGUUCAUCAAUGUCAACUUUUGGUUAUGAAUCUAUUAAUUCAAGUAAUAGUAUAUGUAAAGAUUUUGAUAUGAAUAGUGGUGGCGGUGGAAAUUGUAUAUUAGGAUCAAAUAAUUGCACAAAUAAUAAUGGCGACGCAAUUAUUGAUAUUGGUGAAACUGAAGAAACUUCACUUUUAUCUAAAGAUUCAGUAACACAGGGAUUUUUUGAGCCUAUGGAUAUUGAUGAUUAUGAUGAAAUUAAAAGACAUCCUCGUUCUAUAACAAAUCAAGUAAUUAAUAAUAGAUUAGAAUUUUCAGCAUCCGAACCAAAAAGUUAUGUAGAUGAAACAAUAAGAUUUCCGUCUUUAGAAAGUGGUGGUAAAAUUAGUGUAGAUGCUACUUCUUGUGUAUCCUUAGAUGAAAAAUAUCCGUCAUGUAAAUCAAUAUUGGGAGAAAAAACCGAAUUAAGUAAACAACAGCCGAUUUUCACCACAACUAAAAAUAUACCAAAACAGUUUGAUGAGAACGGAAACGCUUUAAAUACGCAUUUCAUUAGUAGUAUUCAAGCUCCGCCAAUUAGUCAAUCGCAGGCGAAGGCUAAAAAGAAAAAACCUCAGUCAGAACGUAAUACAACCGCGAUUAAUGUUCAAAAUUUAGAAGGUUUUCGUGGUAACGAUGAUAUUAACGAUUUGGUUAAGUAUAUUGAAAAUGAUGAAAAAGGUGAAAAUAAUUCAACAAGUAAUAAAAGAAUUGAAAGAGCAACAAAAUUAAACGAAACAAAUAGCAAUCGAAAUAAAAGAGAUCGAAGAAAGGAGAAAGACCAUAAAGAUAUUCAACAAAAGUUGAAAAAGUCAAAUUCUUUAGAAGAAUUACGUAGUUGUACUAAAUUAGAUGAAGAUGAACAGAAAAUGGAAACGCAUGUUGUACAAUUGCGUAAUAAAUCUAAAAUUACUAAAAAUAAUAAUACUACCAGUAAUAUUACUGCUGGUAGCGGUAGUAGCAGUAGCAGUAGUAGCAACAGUAGUUGUGCAAACAAUAAUAAUAAUAAUAAUAAUAAUAAUAAUAAUAAUAAUAAUAAUAAUAUUAAUAACAAUAAUGUUAAUAGUAGUAGUAAUAGUAGCAACAACAAUAGCAACAUCGGUAAUAAUAGUAACGAACAUGUAACACCUAAAGAAAGCGUAGGUGGUAAUAAUAAUAAGCACAAACGCGGUGAACGUAGAUCAUGGGGAACUGAAGAAUUAUCAUAUUUAAACGAAAAUAAUGCUAUUGAAGAAGUAAGGGAAAAAGUUAAAGAAAAAGAAAAAAAGAAAAAUAAAGAUGUUGUUAGUAAUAUUAACAGUAACAAUAAUAUUGGCAACAAUUAUUGUACUAAUAGCAAUAAUAAUAACAUGAACAGUAAUAAUGCAAACAAUGGCAAUGCUGGUUCAAGUUUAACUUCUUCCGGAGUAAUAACACCUUUAUCGAACAACAAUUCUCUUAACAAUAGUGAAAAUAAUAAAAAUGAAAAAAUAUCCAACAAAAGAUCAAUCAAAGAUAAUAUCGAUAAUACUUUAAAUAAUAAUUACAUAAGUAACAGUUGUGGCUUGUCAGCAACUAUUUCAUCCACUUCAUCUUCUUCAAAUAUUGCAAAUAAUAAUAAUUUAGAUUCUCUACAGUAUGAAACCGCUGGCUUCCACGUAGUAACCAAAAAGAAAAAAUCGAAAAAACGUCAAAUUGGUGAUGAAAAUAAUCAAAAUAUAAACGCAGGUAACAAUCAAAAUAACCGCAAUAAUCAAAUUUCUUCUUUUGGGUCCAGUAACAGUCAUAAUGUUAGCGGCAAUAAUAAAAUAUAUAACAAUAAUAGAGAUAAUAAUAACCAACAGUAUAAUAAAGGUAAUAAUAAUAAAUAUCAUAGCAAUAACUCUAAUUUUCAUAAUGACCGAGACAUCUACAUACGCAAUAAUAAAGACAAAUCGCGAAGAAAAUCUACUUCAUCUAUGCCACCAUCAGAGAAAUCUGAUUCAAGUGAUUCGGAAUCAGUUCAUUCAUUACCAAUAGAGUCAACAUCAUCUCGUAUUAAUUUUAAUUCAGCAAUGGCUCCAUCUUCAAAAUCAUCAACGCUUGAUAAAAACUCAACUAAUAAUAAAAAUACGAACAAUGUAGGUAACACAUCCAGUAGUAAUUCGACAAAAUCUUACGCUGAUAUUACAAGAUUUAGUACAACAUCAUCAAAUGUAAAUUUAAAUUCAAAUAUCAGUGAUAAAUGGCCAACUGUUUCCUCUAAUGCUACGGAUGUUAGUUCUAAGCCAAAUAAAAAAGGCACCAAACUUGAUUUUCCCGAUUUACAACAACAUAAUACAAUGGCAGACAAAUUGAAUAGUAACAAUGAAAUUUUGGGUAAUAAUAAUCUAAUGGGCAAUGCAGGCAAUACAAAACAGUUACAACAACAUGCCUCAUAUUCACAAAGUUUGACUGUUAAUGAAGAACAGAUCAUAAGUAAAAAACAACCAAAUUAUAAUAACAUAAAUAAUAACCCAAACAAAAUUAAAAAUUCUGAAAAGCCUACAAAUAACAUCAUAAAUAAAAAUGAUAAAAAUCUUUCAAUUAAUCCGGAUACUGUAAAUUUAGUUAAUAAUUUCGGAAAUGUUAGCACAAUAUUGAAUUUAAAUAAUUCGAAUUCAAAGCAAAUGUUACAAAAAUCUAAAAGUGUUGAAAAUGAAACUUAUUAUAAUAGUAUAGAUCAGUAUCCUGCACUUGGUAAAACAGUUAAAAGACAAAAUACAAAUGCUGGAUUCUCCACAAAUGCAGUAGUUACAAUUCAAAGUACAAAUCAACAACAGCAACAACAACCUCAUAUUCAACAACAACAACAUACUCAAACAGUAAUAUUGCAACAGCAUCAACCACAACAUCAAUUAAAACAAUCCGCAACUAAUGUAAAUGUAAUGACAUCUAUUGCAGUUUCAGCACCAUCAGCUUCAUCAAUUCUACCAAAGCAACAAAAUAUAGCAAUUCAAACGCCAACAGUUGUUUUAAAUAACACUGGCGUUACAGCCAAUAUUGCAUUCGCUUUGCAACAAAAGCAACCACAACAAUCACAUGUGAUAUUUAUGCAUCCAGCAUCUCCGCUGCCAUUGACAUCAUUAGCAUCGAAUCCUAUACUUAAUAGUGAUAAAGCUGAAGUCUUAGUAGUAGUUAAUAAUAACGCAAAUAAUUUAAUUUAUUCUACAACAAAUGAUUCUAUGUCACAUAAUAUAAAUUUAGUUAAUACUACCUCGUUAUCUACUUCUAAUAACAAUAGUAGUAGUGAUAAUAGCUAUAAAUGUAAUAAUAAUAAUAACAAUAAUAAUAAUAAUAAUAAUAAUAAUAAUAAUAAUAAUAAUAAUAAUAAUAAUAAUAAUAAUAACCAGAAUAAUAAUAAUAAUAAUAACAAUAAUAAUAAUAAUCAUAAUACUACUAAUAUUACAAAUUACGUUUACCAUAGUAAUGAGAAUAGUAACAACAACUAUAACGAUAGUAAUAAUAACAUCAAUAGUGAUAAUAAUAAUAAUAGCAUUAAUAAUUUCAAUAAUAAUACCAACAAUAAUAAUGAUAAUAAUAAUGAUAAAAAUAAUAGUAAUAAUAAUAAUACCAGUAGUCAUAAUAACAAUAAUGAUAGUAUUAAUAAUAAUAUUAAUACUAAUAACAAUAAUAAUACUUGCAAUAGUAAUAUCAAUAAUACAAACACAACUAGUAACAGUAAUCGAAACUCAAUUAACAAUAACAAUCCGAAUAAUACAAAUUUUAGUAAUAGUAAAAAAUCAAAAUCUAAUGCCAAAGUUUCUAAUGCCAAUAGUGAGUUAGUCGAUGAGAAUUCAUCGAUUGCGUUGGGAAUUGUUAAUGUCAGCAAUAUUUCACAAACCGUUAAUAGUAAACGAAAGCGUGAUAAAAAUUUACAACAACAUCAGGUUCAGUCGAAACAUGAACAAAAGCAAGAAGAGCAACCAAAUCAAGAAGAUCAAAAUGCACCAAAUGACAAAAUUUAUCAACAAGCACCUCAAACAUAUAUUAGUCAUACUAUUGUUAGUCAUAUUACGAACACUUCACCAAAUCAGGAAAAUUCUUUAGCAAAUUUACAUACAAAACUUACAUCAUUAUCAUUUUCAUCAACUAGGCCGGCUGUGAUUAUAUUGAAUGAUGACUCUUCAGUUCAGCAAAAUUUAACAAAUGAAUUUACUUUUGGUGAUUUUAACGAAGAAGAAUUAAGAUUUUAUAAUAGCUCGUCAAGUGAGGUAGUUAUUAAUAGGGAAUCAGGUAUAACAAAUGAUAGUUACUUAGAACAGCAACAAAAUAACAAUAAAAGUAACAACACUAUUUGUUUGGGGAAUUCAACAAAUUUAGAUGAUUCGGGUGGCCAUUAUAGUUUUAAUAGUAUUGAAUCAGAAAUUUGUAACAACAGUGACGUUUCAAUAUCGUCAAAUCAGCCAAUUAUUUGCAAUAAAAAUCAACAAUCACAACAAAUAACUGAUAAUGGAAUUAAUAUUUCGACAAAUUCUGAUUUAGGUUAUCGAAGUCAAAUAUCUGAAGAGCAUGCCCUACAAAAUGAUGUUUUACCAAAUACUUCUACAAAUGUUGAAGACACGAGUUCUUAUAAAAAUAAUAGCUUUGCUGACGCUGAGAAUGAUGUAGUUUCUACUUCUGCCAUGUCAAAUGCGCCUAUUGCUAAUGACGUUAACAUUAGUAACAGACUUGGAAAUAAUGGAAAAACUAAUAAAAUUCAACAAAAAUUAUCGAACAAAUUAUUUAGUGGUAAAACAACACAAAAUAAUUCUCAACAAUCGUAUCAACAACUGAAUGAAAAUAAGGGUGCAAUAAUUACUUCUUUGUCAUUAGCAGGAAGUAAAAAUAUUAAUAACAAUAAUAAUAGUAGUAAAUUACCAAAUUUCAAUGCAACUACAACUAAGCAUUCAGUUUCAACAUCAACAUCAAUGUCGCCACCACCAUAUACAUUACCGAUAAAGCCUUCUAAUUCCAUUUCCACUGCAACAAAUAAUAUUGAUAAUAUGGAUAAUGUUGCUAAUAGAAAAAAUCAAAAGCAAAAUUACCAUAAUAGUAAUAAUAACAGUUAUAAUUAUAAUAAUAACAAACAAGAUGUUAGUACAUCAACAACGCCAACAACUAAUGCAGCUACAACUGCUGCUGUUACUUUACCAUUAUGCUUAAGUUCCAAUAAUAAUAUAAAUAUGAGUACAGCUACUAAUGACAUAAAUAUUACUAUAGAAAAUCAAAAGAAAAUGAAAAAGGAUGUUAAUAUUAAAUACAUUGCACCAAAUAUUGAUCCUGAAUUGAAUUCAAUUAAUUUUGAAAAAAUUAUUAAUUUUGUCGGAAAAGCUUGGGAGGAAAUUUGUGUAAGUCGUGAAGGCACCGAAUUUUAUGAUGGACAAUAAAUCAAAGGAACUGAAAUCAUUCACGGAAUAACAAAAGGAACAGCAAUUCUCCUCUUCAGUUAAAUAAAACUAAGAAAUUUAAUUAAAUAUUUAACAUUAAAACAUACUGAAUACGUAUAUCGAUAUUUAAUAAUAUGUCAAAAAAAAUUAUUGUAAUAUUUAGUUAAAAUGAAAAUUAAAUUAUAAAUUUUUUAUUCUUAAAAUUAUUCUUAAAAUUUUUUUUUUAAAUAGUAAUAUAUAUAUAUAUAUAGUUAAAAAAAAAAAAACAAAAUAAAAAAAAAUUAAAAUAUAAAUUUAAAAAAAAAUGAGAUGAAGAAAAACAUUUAAAUUUAUAAAUAAUGAAAAUAUUCAAAUUAUGUAAUUUGCAAAAUAUUUAAAUAGAGACAGAAAUAUUAUAUAAAAAAAGAAGUACACAUAACGUCUAUUAUGAUUAUGUAAUUUAUAUGUAGCUCGAUGUAUACAUUAUUUUACGUACAUUCAAGAAACUUGAAAUUAUACAAUUAAGCAUUGAAUGAAACUACUUUUGAGUAUAAUUAAAUGUUUAAUGAAGAAAUCCGUAAAUAAAAAAAUAAGAAAAAAUAAAAUUACAAUUGAGUAAUAUAUUGAAUUGAAAAAUUAUUGUUAAACAGAAGAGGAUAAAACAAAUAAAAUAGUGCAACAGAAAAAAAACUAUAAUAUAUUCAAAUCCAUAAUAUUAAUAUAGUGUAAAUGCUUUUAUGCCUCAUAAACUAUUUAAGAUUAAUAUUGUAAUAAUUCAAUAAUAAUUUUAAAAAAUUUUAUUUUAUUAAAGUACCCAAAAUCUUAUCAAUUAUUGAGGAUUUCUUUUUAAUUUCAGAAUUUGGUUAUUUUUAAUUUUGUAAUAUUUAUAAUAAAUAAUUCUUAAAAUCAUUUUCGGUUUUAUUUUUAAAUUUUAUUAAAGGGGCACAAAAAAUAUUUAUUUGCUAAAUUUAUUCAUUUGCUGUUUCUUUUUUUUUUCAUAUUAUAAAACAAAUUUAGCACUAAAUUUUUUAGGCAUCGAACUAUUUUACAACUUUUGUCCUUUUGUGAACAUUUAAUAGUUUUUCACUCAUUUUUAGUGCAGUUUUAUUAUAAAUUAUAGAUUAUAAUAAAAAAAAAAACGCUUUCCAUUUAGACAUUGUCGUAAAAUGUUAAAAAAUAUUCUGAAAUUGAAAAGAAAUUUCUUCAUUUGAUUUGGGCUGCAGAUGUACAUAUAUAUUAAAUAGUAAAUAAUAAAUAAUUUGAAUCCUUAUUCAUAUUAAUUAUAGAGAUAAAAUGAAAAAAAAAAUAAAAUAUACAUACACUAUAGCUAAAUUAAAAAAUUAAGAAAGAAACAAGCAAAGCGAUAUUUUUACUUUGACUUUUUAUUAGCUGAAAGUAUUGUAUUUAAUAUUAUUAGAAAAAAGAAAAUGGAAAAACUGAAAAAGUUUCAUAUUUGAUAAUUACUAAUUUUAUAUAUGUUUAAAUACAUAAUAUGAACAUUUAUAUACAUAUAAAUACUUUAUAAGUCCUUAAUCUUAUCUUA